AUGGCGAUCGUGCUGCUGGUGCACACCGCGGCCAGCUUUGUAGCAGGAUUCGUCACGGGCAGGCUGUCGAAGCGCGGGCGCCACGCCGAACAUCUCGAAACCGGCGCGGAGCGCAAUGGCAGCAAGCAUGCAUCACGCGGCCUCAGCUCGCUGCGGCAGCCAGGGCGCACGGUGUCCAUCGUCACGACCGCCGCGCUGCCUUGGCGCACAGGCACCAGCGUCAACCCCCUGCUGCGCGCCGCCCACCUGGCCACCGAGAAGGACCGGCAGGUGAUCCUGGUGAUCCCCUGGCUGGAGGAGGAGGAUCAGAAGCAGAUCUUUCCGGCGGGGACUAUCUUCAAAACAAAGGAGGAACACGCAGAGUUUGUGCUGCGGGAGGCUAAGGAGCGGACGCAGUUGCCGUGCGACUUCCGGGUGCUCUUCUAUGACGGUGCGGCGGGGCCUGGGGGUUGA